AUGUCAACACCAACUCAAUAUCCUCGAACGAAUAUUGUUAAGCUCAAUCCACCAUCAACAACAAGAGACAAUACUGGUGCUGAUGGAAAAUCUACAAAUAACGAUCAUCAUCAUCAUCAUCAUCAAAACAAUAAUCAUAACAAUAAUAAUAACAAUAUAACAUCAUCGACUGGAGCUGCGCCAUCUUCUUCAUCGACACGAUUACAAUCAAGUAAAAUGCGUGAUCCAAAUGAACCACAUAUUGGCAAAUAUCGAUUUGUCAAGACAAUUGGUAAAGGUAAUUUUGCCAAAGUUAAAUUAGCUAAACAUCUGCCAACUGGUAAAGAAGUUGCUAUAAAAAUAAUCGAUAAAGCUCAACUUAAUCCAACUUCAUUGCAGAAGCUAUUUCGUGAAGUCAAAAUAAUGAAAGGACUUGAUCAUCCAAAUAUUGUUAAACUUUUUGAAGUAAUCGAAACUGAAAAAACUCUUUAUCUUGUUAUGGAAUAUGCAAGUGGAGGUGAAGUAUUCGAUUAUCUUGUUGCACAUGGACGUAUGAAAGAAAAAGAAGCUAGAUCAAAAUUUCGACAGAUUGUAUCUGCUGUUCAAUAUCUUCAUCAAAAACAUAUUGUACAUCGUGAUCUUAAAGCAGAAAAUUUAUUGCUUGAUUCAGAGUUAAAUAUCAAGAUAGCUGAUUUUGGUUUUAGUAAUGAAUUUACACCAGGAAAUAAAUUAGAUACAUUUUGUGGUAGUCCACCAUAUGCAGCACCAGAAUUAUUUCAAGGAAAAAAAUAUGAUGGACCAGAAGUUGAUGUUUGGAGUUUAGGUGUUAUUCUAUAUACACUUGUUAGUGGUUCAUUACCAUUUGAUGGACAAAAUCUCAAAGAAUUACGUGAACGUGUAUUACGUGGAAAAUAUCGAAUACCAUUUUAUAUGUCAACGGAUUGUGAAACAUUAUUAAAGAAAUUUCUUGUUUUAAAUCCAACACGACGAGCUGCUCUUGAAUCAAUUAUGAAAGAUAAAUGGAUAAAUAUUAAUUAUGAGAAUGAUGAAUUAAAACCAUAUGAAGAACCAAGUCAAGAUUUUAGUGAUAAUUUUCGAAUAGAAUCAAUUAUACGAGAUGGUGCCUAUAGUCGAGAUCAAAUACUUGAUUCCUUAACUACACGUAAAUAUGAUGAUAUUAUGGCUUAUUAUCUACUUCUUGCCAUGCGAACAAAUGAAAACGAUAUGUCUGAUGCUCAAUUAGCUACAACAACAAAUAAUAAUAAUAAAGGUGUUUCAGACGCAUCCAAUACUCCUUCAUCAUUAGCACCUAAAAUCGUAUCCGCAAGUACACGACCAUCAACAGCAAAUGAUAAAGAAAAUCUUCCAUCUAUUGAUAAACAACAUCGACCAAUGACAGCAGCAUUACCACCAUCCGUUAAUGAACAUACACUAAUUAAUGGCACUACACCAAUGAUAACAACAACAAAUGGUGUUAAUAAUUCAUUAUUAACGUCAUCAAGUAUUGAUGCAUCAACUGCUAAUAAUGGUCAACAUUUAUUAUUAAAAACGAGUGCGAGUGGUGGUCCACCAGGAGCAUCAAUGAUUGCAUCAAAUUCAGUAUCAAAUCGUACGAAUGCAGUCGAUAAACUUCGUUCACAAACAGUACGUUUACCUGGUGCAGGUGUUCGACGUCGAGAAACUAUUGAUCCUGUUCCAGGUGGUGCAUCAAUGAGAAAAGUUGAUAUGGCUGAAAAAUGUAAAACACCAACUGGAGAUACUGCAUUCUUUGAAAGUCGGAUACCCCGUUUACCUCAAGGUUUUAAUCGUAGUGGUAUUGAACCAUCACCAUCACCAUCAUCUACAUCUUCUCAAGUACCACAUCAUAUGAUGCGUUCAUCAGUACGUGAAAAUCCUAAAUCAGCAAGUUUAUCAGCACAACAACAACAGCAACAACAACAACCGCUACAAACACCAAAAGCUCAAGAAAAACUCAAACAUAGAAAAACAUCAGCAGGUGUACCAUCAUCGUCAAAUAGCAAUACAGGUUCGAUUCGAAUUUAUUCGAGUCAACAUCAACCAUCUACAAUCAAUCCUUUAUUGGUGCAAGCUUCAACUACUACCAAUUCUGCUGCUACUACUGCACCCACUCAGCUACCACUUAAUCCAACCAACACGCCAUUUGCAUCUUCCACUAACACACGUGCCGGGAGUGGUGGCGAUGGUGCUAUGUUAAAUCGCUCUGCGCCUGAUCGUAAAACUAUACAUAGUACAUUUCCUUCACGGCAACACCAAGCAUCAACACCAACUACUGAUUAUCGAGCAUCAACAAGAAAUCCAAAUAGUAGUACAAUGGGUUUUAGUGAUGCCAAUAAUCGUCAUCAGCAACAAGCUGGUGGUGCUUCGAGCAUGAUUGGAGGGACAGGAAGUGGGGCUCAAUCGUUUUUAAGCAAGCUUUCAUCUAAAUUUGCACGAAGAAAAUCUAUUCGAGAAUCUGGUAUAUCAUCAACAACAACUGGUGGUGGUGCUAUUGGAAAUAAUAUGUUAACAAUGGGUGGAAGUAUGGCAAGUGCGUCAUCAUCUUAUCGUCGACCAGCAGAUCUUAAUACUGCAAAUAUAACAACAACUGCAGGAAUUACAACGAAUGAUAAUCUUGCUACAGGUAGUGCUAUUGGAGAUAUAAAACCACGUUCACUUCGUUUUACAUGGUCUAUGAAAACGACUAGUUCAAUGGAUCCUGCUGAUAUGAUGAAAGAAAUUCGAAAAGUUCUCGAUAUAAAUAAUUGUGAUUAUGAACAACGAGAAAAAUUUCUUUUACUCUGUGUACAUGGAGAUCCAAAUACGGAUUCAGUUGUAUCAUGGGAAAUGGAAGUAUGCAAAUUACCACGUCUAUCAUUAAAUGGUGUUCGAUUUAAACGUAUAUCAGGCACAUCAAUUGGGUUCAAAAAUAUCGCGAGUAAAAUCGCUAAUGAACUUAAAUUGUGA